ACAGAGCUGCUUCCUGCAACUCACAUGUACACAGCAGCAGAUUAGAGGAUGGAUUCUUCAAAGAGUAAUACUUCCACAAACAGUGGCCCUCAAGACACAAAUUCAGACGACGAAGAAAAAAGCGACUUGUGUCCCGGGUUUAAAGACGCGGAUGCUUUCGUUAAAUAUGGACUGGGUGCUGUAUUAUCCGCCACCAAAGCAUCUGCCGGCUUGCCUCAAAGUGGAGAUGAAUAUGAUUUCUAUCGGAGCUUCCCGGGCUUCCAGGAGUUUUGUGAAAGUCAAGGAGAUAAGCUUUUGCACUGCAUGAGUCAGUUAAUGCAGCACCACGGCUGCAGAUCUCACACGAGGGACAGGAACAAGAUAACGGAGGUUGAGGAGAGGUUUGACCUGGUUGUGGACUCAAAUGAUGUCAUCCUCGAAAGAGUGGGGAUUCUUCUUGAUGAAGCUGAUGGGGUGAACAGGAGCCAGCAGCCUGUCAUGCCUGCAGGGUUUCAGCCUCCCAAGAUUGUCGUCUCCAGCUGGAAUCGCACGGGUCCGGGCUCUGGCAGUCGUUCUGAGACGUUCCGACUGCUCCACGCCAAGAAUGUUGCGAGGCCUCAGCUGAAAUUCAAGGAGAAAGUUGACAACAGCAACACACCAUUUAUUCCCAAGAUCUUCAUCAAGCCCAAUGCAAUAAAGCCUCUUCCAUCUUAUUUUACCAACAAACAAAUCCGUAAACAGAGACCUGAGGACCUUGAUGUCCCGGCCGCCCUGGCUGACUUCAUUCACCAGCAGAGAACUCAGGAACAUGUUGAAGACAUGUUUGCACAUCCAUACCAAUAUGAACUGGAUCAUCUUACAAUACCAGAAAGCCUUCUGUCCAAGCCAGAACCACAGAUGUACAAAGCGAUGGCUGAGACCACGUGCACCUUCAUUGACACGCUGGAGGGUCUGGUGGCUCUGAAUGAGAAGCUGUGCAAAUUAUCUGAAUUUGCAGUGGACCUUGAGCACCACUCCUACAGGAGUUUCCUCGGCCUCACCUGUCUGAUGCAGAUCUCCACCAGAGAGGAGGACUUCAUCAUCGACACCAUUGAGCUCCGCAGCGAGAUGUACAUCCUCAACGAGGCAUUCACUGACCCAGCUAUUGUCAAGGUAUUUCACGGCGCUGACUCUGACAUGGACUGGCUCCAGAGAGACUUCGGCGUGUAUGUUGUCAACCUUUUUGACACGCAUCAGGCCAGCCGAGCUCUGAACAUGGCCAGACAUUCCCUUGACCACCUGCUCAGACACUUCUGUAACGUGGACUCGGACAAACGCUACCAGCUGGCUGACUGGAGGGUUCGCCCUUUGCCAAGUGAGAUGGUGGAGUACGCCCAGGCAGACACCCACUACCUUCUUUACAUCUACGACUGUGUGAGGGCGCAGCUGUUGGACUAUAACCACGGGCAGCCUGGCCUGCUGCAGAGUGUCUGGAACAGGAGCAAAGACAUUUCUCUGAAGAAAUAUGUGAAGCCUAUAUUCACAGAGGAGUCAUAUUUUGAGCUGCAGAGGAAGCAGAAAAGGUCUUUUAACACCCAGCAGCUCACUGCCUUCAGACUGCUGUUUGCCUGGAGGGACAAGCUGGCCAGGCAGGAAGAUGAAAGCACUGGAUACGUCCUGCCCACGCACAUGAUGAUCAAGAUUUCUGAGGAGCUGCCAAAAGAGCCUCAGGGCAUCAUUGCCUGCUGUAACCCCGUCCCCCCGCUGGUGAGACAGCAGGUCAAUGAGCUCCAUUUGUUAGUGCAGCAAGCCAGAGAAAUGCCUCUCCUUAAGGCUGAGAUUGCAGCUCAGAAGAACAAAGGACUCACACCCAUUAAAAAGCCAGAAGUCACGUUGUUUGGUCCUCAUGAUACAUCCAGGGUCUCUGAGAGCGAUCUCCCCCACUUCUCUCCAGAUGAGCUGCCUGUCAAACAAGGGGUGCUCUUCUCAGAGGAUGAUCACAGAAUGGAUGUUGAUGUACAGAAAACAAGUGGUCUUGUAGCAGCACCCAAAGUCACACUGUUUGAGGAGCUGGUAGCAGGGACUGACCCAGAGUCCCUCUCUGUGGCCCAAACGAAAGCCAGACGUAUCAUCGAGUCUUUUGAAAACCCUUUCAGAAUGUACUUACCCAUCAGUGAUGUGCACAUCAGCAAGAAUGCCAAGUUUGACCCGUCUUCAAAAAUAUUUGAGGUUAGUAAAAAAUGGAAACUGCAGAGUAUUGAACAGCAACAGAAGGAGCUGGAGGCCAAGAGGAAAGCCAAGGACAAAGCAAGGGAACACGCAAAGAAAGUGGCAGAGGAAAGAAUCAAGGCUAAGCAGAGCUACCAGGAGUCUCUCCAGAAUGUUGCCACCGUUCGCCAGCAAGCAGCGGAAUUUGCAAAAGGCGGCGGAAAGAAAAGAGAGCGUGAGGCCAGUGAAGCCGGAGAGUCGACUCCUAAACCAUCUAAGAAGCUGAUGAAAUCUGAAGAGAAGCCCCAGAAGACAGAACCGCCUCCCCAAGACAGCUUCAAGCCUUUCGACUACAGUCAGUCAGACCUCAAAGUCUUUGCUGGCACCAAAGCAAAGGACAAUACACAGUUCGAUCCAAACCGGCAAUCCCAUGACAACAAGAAGAAGAGAACUCCCAAGGGACAAAAAUCCAAUUUUGCAGCUGGAAACCGCAGCAUGUCGUACAUGGCUGGAAAAUCCGAUCGAGGAUUCCGGCACAACUGGCCCAAAAGAUAAACUGUCUUCGAUGCUAUUUUCUAUCUUACAUGUAUUUUAAAACUGCCUUUUUUUUCCUCCUGCAGAAACAAUGUUCCAGUUUUUUCAUUUUUGCAAGUGAAAUUCAGUAUUUCAAUAUUUAAUGGAUUUUCAAUUCUUCCAUCUGUGGAACAGUGUACCCUGUAAAUAUGUGGAAGCACAGACCUCCUUAUUAAAGAUGAUUUU